UGUCGAUGGUCGUCGGAGCAAUCACGCGGCAGCGGCGAAGGAAUCGAUUCAGUUUGGAAUUCCUCGACGUCCGUGUAACAUGGCCACUGCUUCUUCACUCUUUAAGCCUCUCCGCGUGGGGAGCUUGACUCUUCUCCACCGCGUCGUCAUGGCGCCGCUCACGCGAUACCGCGCACAUGCUUUGGAAGACGGCGUCGAGAACGUUCCGUCUGCUAUCAUGGCGACGUACUAUGGGCAGCGUGCCUCCAAGGGAGGCCUGCUCAUCUCGGAAGCGUCCCCGAUCUGUCCAGAAGGCCGACCAAACAUUCGCGCGCCCGCCAUCUACGAUCCAUUGCAUGUCUCUAAGUGGCGCGCGAUCACCGAUGCCGUUCACGCGAAGGAAGGAUAUAUUUUCAUGCAACUGUGGCACGUGGGUGGCAGCUCGCAUUCGCUAUUCGACCCUCAAGGCCGUGCUCCUCCGUCGUCCGCAUCAUUCCAGAUGGAAGGGAACCCUGUGAAUACACCUGAAGGCCCGAAGCCCCGCCAACUGACGCGCAUGAUCACCACAGACGAAGUCCAAGACUUGAUUGCCCAGUACGUCCGCGCAUCCGAACUCGCGAUCGAAGCCGGCUUUGAUGGCGUCGAAAUCCAUGGCGCGAACGGAUACAUCUUGGACCAGUUCAUCAACGAUCAAAUCAACACACAACGCACGGACCAGUACGGCGGGUCGCUAGAGAACCGUGUGCGGCUGCCGGUGGAGGUGGCGACGGCGGUCGCGAACGCCAUCGGCGCCGACAAGACGGCCAUUCGAUUCAGUCCAUUUGGUUCGUUCCAAGGAAUGAAGGACAGCGACCCCGUCACGACGUGGAGCACACUGCUUCGGCAACUCAACCCCCUCCGCUUGGCCUACGUGCAUCUUGUGGAGCCUCGCAUCGCCGGGGGCUGGGACGCCGGAAGCGCCCCAGACGAGGCAGUCAUCAACCUGAAGCCGUUCCGUGCAGCCUACGACGGUGUGCUGAUCGUCGCCGGCGGCUACACGGCCGACUCAGGUGCUGCCGUCGUUGCCAACGGUGGAGGCGAUGCCGUCGCUUAUGGUCGCUACUUCAUUUCGAACCCGGACUUGCCGACCCGCAUUGAGCAUGGCCAUCCACUGACGCCGUAUGUGCGAGACCUGUUCUACACGCCAGGGGAGCUCGGGUACACGGAUUACAAGACGUGGGAAGAGCAAGAGGCCGGCCAAGUCAACCCGUCCGCUCCUGUAAAGUAACCGGCUGUAGUUUGCGGUGGUGGUAGCUUGGCAUGAACAAGAGAGUGCAAGAACGGA